UUCGAGACGCUCCUGUUCUGAGGCUGAUCACGUCAUCCAGGUAACCCAGACCCCGAAACGCAGGUGACCAGUUUACCAUUCACAAGUGCACAGCAACCGCAAGACGAAUGUCCACAUCGUGCGCCCGGCCCCGGGCAGGCAGGCUGGAAAAUGGAUGAUAAUAAAUGCAUUUUCAAAAAUUAUCCGCAUUCCGUUUUUAGGAUCAACAGAGCAAAUCCGCGUUAGCUCUGUGACUGGUAUGUGACAAAGGUCACGAUGUCGAACUUGAAAACACGCUUUCUAGUCCGUUAUUUUUUUAACCUGAAACAGCCUCGCCUCCCGGGUCUUUCCAACACUUUCUCUCAGGCGAAACGCUCGAGUGAUCGUGACCGUCCCAUCGCUUCGAUGAAAAUAGUUCAGUUUUGCUGCGACCGCUAAGCAGCAUAGAGCCUAACAGCUACACUGCAGAUCUCACAGAUCAUUCAUUAAUAACGACACAUCUAUUUAUUUGAAUACGGCCCUUUCUGUUUCUAAUAACAUGCCACCGCUGACGUGCGUGAAUUGAAAUUCAAACUCCGACACAAACCUUUCCAUAAAUUUAGAUCUUCUCCUUGACGCAUUUAGGCGUUCACUGUGCCACUAUUUAUAUUUAUUUUAAAAAAAAACCCCGACAACAAACGGGUAAUAUGAUCGAAACAAGAAAUGUGAAGUAUAUUGCCACCUCGCUACUAUGGCUGAUUUAAACGAGAAAAUAAUCUCCGCAAACGGGGCUGUUGUUCUUCGUGCGCUUUAUAGGACGGCUCGUCAUCCUAAGGAAAUUCCUCACGAUUAACUCUGUUUCUUUUGGCCGGGGACAUGCCUUGGGCUCUUGGCCCGCGUAUUCUCUGAAGGCCGAACCCGAGGCGGUCUUGGGACCCAGCGGAGCGCCCCCUGGCGGCGAGCCUCGGCGCGACCAUGGCAAAGGCGAGACGCGGCUGCGCCCCGGUUUACCCAGUAACCAGGGUAGACAGCCGGGCUGCGCCAGAAGUCCCGCAGCUCGCCGCGGAUGUGGACGUUAUCCGGGCUUGAGCCGCCUCCUCAGUGUCUCGACGGCAGAGAGCCUGCGCGCCCAGAGGAGCUGGCGUGUGCACAUGUCCGGCGAAAGCUCCGGAGCGCCGCUAUCUGACGGGGGAGACGCCGGGACCUGACGUGCUCUCGGCUUUCUGCCGGGCUGCGCUGCGCUUUUGGAGACGAGGGGACGGGCGUGAGCACCGCUCCAGCUCCCCCGAGCCUUCAUGGAAACAAUGUCGCCUCAGCAGGACAGCGUUGGCCAGAGCCGUUCAGCGUCUCUCACCGGGGAAUCCAAAAUCUGCGCAGCGUCCGAGGGCAGAAAGAAAAUGAAGACUUUGGCCCAAAGGCGUCAGUCUGCACCUUCGCUGGUUAUCAGUAAAGCACUUAACAAGUCCAGAACAAUCUCCAGGGAAAGCUGCCUGUCUCCCAUCAGCCCAGACAGCUGUCCCCUGGUCCAGUCCUUCCUCUCUCCAGCACGAGUGUUUGUUAUGGAUGGACAUGUCCAGCUGAAGACCGGACUGCAGACACAGGAGAGACACCUCUUCCUCUUCAAUGACAUUCUGGUCAUCGCAAAGUCCAAGUCCACCUCACACUUCAAGCUGAAGAAUCGUGUCCGUCUCAGCGAGAUGUGGAUGGCGUCCUGCACGGAGGAGGUGUGUGAGGGCAGUACCAGCCCUGAGCGCUCGUUUGUCAUGGGCUGGCCAACCACGAACUGCGUGGCCACGUUCAGUUCCACAGAACAGAAGGAAAAAUGGCUUUCCUUUAUGAUGAGCCGAAUCAAAGAAGAAAAAGAAAAAGAUGAUCCCAAAACAAUCCCUUUAAAAAUAUUUCCUAAAGACAUCGGAAACUGUGCAUAUUCCAAGACUCUAGCAGUCGGCAACACCGACUCGGCCACUGAGGUCAUCAAGAUGGCCCUGCAGCAGUUCGGAAUUACGGGCUGUGUGAAAGACUACCGGCUGUGGGUGAGCUCAAGCAAGGAGGAUGCACCUUAUCCCCUGAUUGGACACGAAUAUCCAUUCAGCAUCAGAAUGAGUCACAUUCGAGAGCCCAUGUCCCAGUCACCCACAGCAGGAGGCAGGGGUGCCACUUCCCCUCCAGACCUGCAGGGGGCUCUGCUCCUGGAGCAGCUGCCUUCGGAGGCACCGUGCCAUUUCAUUCUGAAGUCCAGCCAUGCGGCCACGUGCCAGCAGUUAACAGAGCCCAGCCAAAAGCCCUUGAAGAGGAAGAGGUCGAUUAUAAACUGGGCCUUCUGGCGCGGCUCUGCCACCCAGCUUGACACCCUGCCUGUGUCUCCCACUUCCCCCAGCCCCGGGAGGCUGUUCGGUCUCCCGCUGAGUGCCGUCUGCGAGGACGACAGCCUGCCCAAGCCAGUCAUGGACAUGCUGUGCUUCCUGUUUCAAGAGGGGCCGUUCACAAGAGGCAUUCUCCGCCGCUCGGCCAACGCCAGGGCCUGCCGCGAGCUGAGGGACAAGCUGAACUCGGGAGAGGACGUGCUCUUGAGCCGGGAGUCGAUAUUCGUGACAGCAGCCGUGUUCAAGGACUUCCUGCGCAACAUUCCUGGCAGCCUGCUGUCGCUGGAGCUCUACGACAGGUGGGUCAGCGUGAUGGACCAGGGGCGUGACGAGCAGAGGAUCCGGGCCACGCAGAGCCUCAUGGAAGAACUUCCAAAAGAAAACAUGCUCCUGUUAAGGCACCUGUUCGGAGUCCUUCACUGCAUUGAGAAGAACUCUGCAGAGAAUCAGAUGAACGCGUUCAACCUGGCCGUGUGCAUCGCUCCCAGCAUGCUUUGGGCUCCUGCGCCAGCCAGCCCGGAGGGCGAAAGCGAAGGAACCAAGAAGGUCUCCAGCGUUGUGCAGUUUGUAAUAGAGAACUGUGACAAGAUCUUCGGGGAAGAUGUCACUGGCCUUUUUGGGAGUUUACCGCAGAAACGUGCCGGCAGUGAUCACGGCUCAGAUGCGUCCUACUUCCAGAUGAAUGACUCCUCUUACGACAGUCUGGAAAACGAGCUGAACGACGACGCGGACUCUCCCUUCCCGGAGCUGGGCAGGAAGGACAAGCAGGACAACCGCAGCAGGGACUCCGUCAUCACCCUGAGCGACGGCGACCUGGACCAGCCCGAAGCCGAGCCCGUCCGCCUCCGGCUGCCCCCCCUGACCCGGUCCAGGAAGCUGGCCCCCGCGGCCCGGCAGAGCCGGCCUGGCAGGGAGCCGCUGGAGACAGGCUCUCUGUACCCGAGGGGCGCCAGGAGACACCGCCGCUGCUCGGAGCCCACCCUCUGCCUCUUGCCGUCGGGCUCGGGCCCGCCGGGUGAGGAGCACGAGGCGGUGGUCCGGAAGGCCAGCUACGACGCCGUGAUCGCCGCAGACGAGGAGGGCUACGUGGAGCAGCUCCACGGCUUACAGCUGGAGAGGCGAGACUGCCGCCAAGGCACAGACGCAGACUCGGGACGGGCGGGCAAGGACAGGGGGGACUCGCGGAACCCUUCGCGCCUGAAGCUCAAACAGCCUCCCCCACUGAGGCUCAACCUCUGCCCCGCCACCAGCUGCUCCAGCCUGUCUUCGCCCGGCACGUCCCCGUCAGGCUCCUCCAUGAGCUCCCUGGACAGCGCCUUCUCCCAGUACUCCGACCACUCCGUCUUCACGCCCGCCGAGCCCUGCUUCCCGAGGGCCCAGGGCGAGCUAUCUCCGCGGUCUCCCAGCCUGCUGUCCCCCGUCCUGCGCUCCAGCCCCAAACCGGACAAGCUGAGACUGGCCGGCUGCCCCAAGGAGAGCUGCGAGUGGACGCUCCAGAGGAGCCCCCACAGCCUGCACCCCAACACGUGGCUGAAGAAAGACCGCAGCUGGUCCCUGUGCAAGAGAGAGCGGCGCUGCGCCGCAGAAGAAGAGGAAGAAGACGCAAACCGGAGCAAAAGCCCGCUUCCCAGCGAGACUCCUCGAGUUCCCCUGGAAGACGCUUGUCAGGAAGUUGGAAAAACAGCCAGAGAGCCAGCAGACGGGGGCACAAAAGAGCGGAGCAGGCCGCCGCCCUAUCAGGAGGCCAUACUGCAGAUUUAUCGGUCAAAGCCUCCAUUUUACCAGGCUAGACAAAAAGGUUUCUCUGUAAAGGACCUCAGGCCCCUGCAUGAGCAAGAGAGCAACAAGAGUGGUAGCCAGCAGACAGACGCUUCCCUGCAGCCCAGACUGCCAACCCUGAAAGUAGAGAGGAGUCCGGCUAGAGACGGUGAACUGGGACAGCUCCCUGAAGCUGUGUUCUAUGGGCAGGGUGUCUCCUUGUGUGUUCACCCCAUGAGGAGACAGCAGUCUCAGUCCUUCACCCUGGGCACCGAGCGCCCCAGAAGCCCGGCGCUGCGACGCUCCUCCGAGCCCGGUGUCGGCUCGCGUGGGGCGCCCUUCUCCUGGGAACCGGAGAGGCAGCACAGGCCUCUGCCCGCUAGAGAAAGCAAAGACCUGGCGGCCGGGGCUCUGCGGGGCCACAGGCUCAGGAUCUCCGACGUGGACGCGAGCAGCAGGGGCCUGGAUCCCGAUUCACAGCCCAGCUGUUGCCUUUCGCCCGCCGCCACCCAGGCGGUGAAGGAUUAUUUCUCCCAGACGGGUGGUGAGAACUGUUUGAAAAAGACUCAGGAAGUGACCCGUGCGGUCCUUCAGAGCAAGAGGGAGUGGCAGAGUAAGAGGUGCAGCGACCCCAAGUUCGAAGACUUUGAUCAGAUGCUCUUUGCUGAGGAAUCGUACGUGUGAAGGGGAAGGAAUCGCUCUGUACAGCUUUAUACGCGACAGGUCUGUGUUUCUGACUCUGGAAAUUCACUCUGUAUCAGCAAGUUGAUGCCCCUUCCAAAGCUUGAGUGUCUCAGUAAUGCAUAUGUAGGGGAUUCCCACAGUCAGCAGUCUGUAAUUUAUAUUUUCCAGUACGUUUCAGAUGGUCUCCCAAUGACAAGUGCACACAGGACCUGUUACCAAGAGUGUUUUGUGUUGUAUGCUUUGAAAGCACUGCACUUUUUUAUCACAGUUACGGAGAGAUGACAGAAAAUACAAUACUCAUUCCACUUUCUCGAACACUAUUAUUCCAGUUAUCAUAUUUAUUAAAUGUAUUAUAUAUGUUGUGUCGUACUCCACAACUAGAAUGUCUGUUAGUCCUAGUCAUCAAGAAGGAUCUUCAGUACUUUUAAAAUAAAUGCUUUUUGCAAAUAUAAAAUACGUCUUACUAUGUGUUUCGUUUUGGAUGCAAGGUUCCAUGUUCCAAGAUAGAAGGUAUUUUAUUUCAGACUGAGAACAGGAGGCACUUCUCCACUCAACGGCUGUUUGAGGGAGGAGUGGGGAACAAGCUGCCCGGCCGUGUGGUUGAAGCUCAUCCCCUGGCUUCUGUCAAGACACAGCUGGGUGAGAUCUUGGGAUCAAUGAGCUACUCACCACCUAACAGGCCAGAUGAGCCUACUGGCUUCUACCCAUUUGUAACCUUUCUUAAAUGUUGUAAAAUGCAACUGGGAAUUCUCUAUACUUGUUGUGACACAUGCCAGAGAGAAUGAAUACAAUCCCUGUUAAUAAAUACAGAUGUUAACAGUUACAUUUCAGACUUUAAAAUAGCAGGAAGAAAGACACAAACAUUUUCGGUCAAAACGCGAAACACUCCGCUGUUGACAUUCCAGUGUCGGGCAGUGUUUCCUGCUUGGCUCCCAGACACGUCUGCUGUGCCACAGAAGUAUCCACAGUAACACGGAGAAGGAGGUGAAGAUGUAAUCCUUUAAGUUGAUCUCGAACAUUCUGGCCAGGAGAAGGAGUUACAUCUACAAAUUACAUCGGGGAGGAGAGCAAAAGGCUUUAAAAUUCCUUUCGGAAUGGGGGCUUUGGGCAAAAAAAGAUCUUCUUCAUUAAGAGGGCAAAGUAAUUUCGAGCCUGCAAGGAUUUUGGCCUGUGUCUAAAUUACUACGAGAUGCUCUAUCUUAUUGAUAUGAGAAAUGUACUUAUUAAGCAACCAGGAAUUUGGGGAGUAGUCAUCUCACCACGCAGAGACUUUGCAGAGCAAAGAGCCGUCCUUAAACUGAUUAGGUUUUAUGUCUAUGAAUUAAGUACAUUACAGUAGAAAUAUGUAAUCUGAAGAAUUUAGUUUUUUUAAAAAAAUUUUAGACAUCUGUACACAUACUGUAUACUGUAAUGACGGUGUGAUUGUUUUUUAAAAAAACAUUUUGACAUUUAAGGUUGUUAAAUCACCGCUGCCAUAAUCAUCUGAAACUAUAUGAUUUUGAUAUAGAAGAGCCCCAAAAUUAUAUAUAUAUAAAUCUAUUAUUUUAGGAGAAAAUGUUUAUAAUGCUGUAUGUACACUAUUUAUAAAAUGAUACUAUAAAAUGCGUAGCUGUAUAAGCUGUAAGAACUGAAUGUGUAUAUUUGUAAAUGUCAAUCAUGCUGCUGUCUCUUAAAAGUAUAUUUGCUAAAAAGUGCACUAUUUCUAUAUUGUGGAAUUCUUUUGUCAUGCAUAUGAAAUAAAGUAUCACA